CGGAGUUGUUUUGACUUUCCACCUCCUAAACGGAAUGUAUUUUUCCAGCUUUUUUGGGGAUGUAUAAUUUAAAACGCGCUUUCAGUCCGGCCAGGGCUGUGAUGCAGAGUUAAAGUUGAAUGAAUUCCUUUGUUAAGUUGAACUGAUUGGUUUAGAGUUUUACCGCGUGUGUAAAGUUUUGUCCGUGGCAGCUCCUGUGUCGGGUCAGUCUGUGUGCCAGAGCAGCGGUCAGACAGAGGAGCUGACGGGAGCGGAGUGAAGUGGAAAUGGUCCACCACCGGCGCGUUUCUCUGCGUCUCACUUGUCUUUUUUUCUCGCCCGAAACUCCUGCAGGUCUGCACGAUGUGGUAUUAGCUGCUGGUCUCAGGUCGGGAGUUGGGAUUCUCACUGUUGGAUCUACAGGAUGCAUCGUCACCUGAACUCACAUAAUGUGCAGUCCGAAGUAACGCGGUUCUGAGUGACAAGUUCGCUUGACAUUUUCUUUAAACACAUCUUUAAAUCUCACAUACGGAAUCUCCUUAAGCGCAAUGAUUUUAACAACUUUCGUCAUUAUAUUGUCCUUUCUGGACUCAGUGUUCACCUUGAGGGGUGACGGCAGCUCAGCCUCCCGGUCCGUGCGCCUGGACUGCGUGAAGGCCAGUGAGCAGUGUCUAAAGGAGUACAGCUGCAGCACCAAGUACCGGACCAUGAGGCAGUGCGUGGCGGGAAGGGAGAGCAACUUCAGUGCGGUCACCGGUCCCGAGGCGCAGGGCGAGUGCCGCAGCGCAAUAGAUGCCAUGAAGCAGAGCCCCCUCUAUAACUGCAGGUGUAGAAGAGGCAUGAAGAAGGAGAAGAACUGUCUCCGGAUCUUUUGGAGCAUAUUUCAGAGUUUACAGGGUAAUGAUUUGCUUGAAUACUCUCCGUAUGAACCAGUCAACAGCCGGCUCUCAGAUAUCUUCCGCCUGGCCCCCAUCAUAGCUGCUGAGCCUGCAUCCACAAAGGAGAACAACUGCCUGAAUGCUGCCAAGGCCUGUAACCUGAAUGACACAUGUAAGAAAUACCGCUCAGCUUACAUCAACCCCUGUACUAGCAGGGUGUCUGCUUCUGAGGUAUGCAACAAACGCAAAUGCCACAAGGCCCUGCGGCAGUUCUUUGACAAGGUUCCAAAUAAAUACAGCUAUGGGAUGCUGUUUUGCUCGUGUCCAGCGGGGGAUCAGACAGCAUGUGCAGAACGACGACGACAAACAAUUGUACCCAUCUGCUCCUAUGAGGAUAAAGACAAACCAAACUGUCUGUCUCUUCAGAACACAUGCAAGACGAACUACAUCUGCAGGUCAAGGCUGGCAGACUUCAUCAGCAACUGUCAGCCUGAAGCUCGUUCCAUAUCUGGCUGUCUGAGGGAGAACUAUGCUGACUGUCUGCUGUCUUACUCGGGUCUUAUUGGUACAGUGAUGACACCCAAUUAUUUGCGAUCACUUGGUAUUAGCCUGUCACCAUGGUGUGACUGCAGCAGCAGCGGGAACAGCAAGCCAGACUGUGAAAGAUUUGCUGAGUUUUUCACCACCAAUCGAUGCCUACGUAACGCCAUCCAGGCAUUUGGCAAUGGUACUGACGUUGGUGUUUGGCAACCUCAACCCCCAAUUCAGCCUACUGUACUAGAGCCUAGCAUCACUCGGAGGGGUAAAGACCGAACCAAUAACGCACUGGACACACUGACGGACAUGAACAAACUGGAUCUUGAUGGCGAAUCAUUAUAUCACAUCUGCGGGACCUUACAGGCACAAAAACUGGUUUCAAAUCUAACAGUGGAUACUUCUCUAUGUUUGAACCAUCAACUGGAUGAGUCCGGUGACUCAAACGCCAUUGCUAGAAGCUCAGCAGCUGAACACACCUGCUUACAUCACUCAAGUAUGGUCCUCACACUAGCCUUUGCUUUAACACCAAUAGUGUUACAGCUUGAAGGUUUCCAGCUUUUGUAGGAUCUGAGGAGUAUGUAUCAACACUCUAAUCUCAAGAAGUGAUUCAAAUCAUAUUAAUUUAAACCUUUACCAAAGUGGGGCACCUCCAUUUUUCUUGAAAUGGACAGGAGCAACAGAGGACUGUAAGAGCACUGCAAUCACAGACAACAGUGGAUUAUAUCUGAGGAUCGACUGCAUUGGAAACAGACCAGCUGAAGCUGUUGCUGAGAUAUCAGCUCAUUUGCCUUCGGUGCCUCAAGGGGGCAAUUUGGUGAGAUUCACACUUAGGAAAAGUUUUUGGGGGAAUUUUUUUUGGGGGGGGGGCUAAACCCUGUGAUCUGAUAAUCGUGUGAAUAAACUCACUUCAGAACGUGUGCCAUCAGUGCACUUUUGACUGAACUGACAUUUAAUAGACACACUGUCUGGAACAUAAUUCAUAAAACGUGUGAACUCAUUUAAUAGCCAUAACAUUUUGUCAAAGGACAAAGACAAAUCAGUCACAAGAACGUAACAAGUUUCUCUUCUACAUGUUCGGUACUAGGUAUAGAUCAGUUUUGUAGAUUUAUUUGAUUGUUAUGGUGGUUUGUGGUUUUAUCGAGUCGCCCGUAAAAGAACAUUUUGUACAUAUGAAGCAUAAAGUGUACACUCUGUUACAGUAUGCUGCUUUUAGCUUGUAACUUAUAGUCUGUAAUGUUUUGAGAGUCUAUGUUAGUAUCUGGCGACUGAGGCAUCUCAGUUUUAUCCACUGUAGCUAUGGUUUCUAAAAUGUGAUGGGGUAUGGUUCCUUACUCAUGUGGUUACAAAUAUGACUUUAUUGUGUGAUUAUGUUUUGCAAAGUGCAUAAUGUUAUCUUAAACCACAUUUUUAUAGAGGAAUAACAAACUCUCUGUAACAGCAACAAGAACAUAAAGAUCUACAAAAGUGUCUGUAAUGGUUAAAGCGAAGUAAUGUCAUUCUUCUGUUCUAUUGAAAUGCAAGUUUUGAUGGUUUGAUCCAGAUUCUUCAGACUGCCCCUAAUUGAUUUAAUUUUUCAGUCAUUGUUUUGUCUUGGUAGGGCGCAAACGGACAGGGGUUUUGACAAAUAAAGAAUGUGUACAUACCCACAAGUAAAGCAAAUGCCAAAAGAUAGAAGCCAGUAAACAUUAAUUGCUAGCAAUUACUGCUGAUACAAAUGGAGGAAAACACUUAGAUUGUUGUUAUGUACAUGACACCCUCAUUAUCAGAGACAUUAAAAGAAUGUACAACAUAAUGCCAAUGAACACUGAAAACUUAUUUUAAAACAUCUCAAAAAAAAGUGUCAAAUGUGUCACUUCAAUGUAUGAUCCGUGUAGACAUCUAAACUAAAGCCUGUAAUGAUGCAUUACGUUAUAAAUUGUGUAUCGGA